AUGACGCUCCAAUUUGCGCCCUUCUCCUCCGACAUUGAGCUGCCCUUCUAUGCGGCCCUCUUUGCUUCCAAGGUCGACCAUGAUAAGCUCGACGACUCGGUCCGAAAGGUCAUCGGCCAAUACACCCCGCUGAGUGUCGCCGCCGAACAGAGCUGCAAGAUGCAAAUUAUGGGUGAUGCGCUCACGAGAGACGAGAAUGACAACGAAGUACGAGCCGCAAGAGAACACAUCCGUGCCGAGGGGUCCAUAAAGAACUUCAACACGCUCGACGAAUUCAAGAACGCCGACAAGCAGGCCAUGCUUCAGCUGACUGCCAAACAUAUUUGGCACGCCAUCAACGACGGCUCCAUCUACGAAGUCCCCUCUCUCCUCUCCUCUUUCAUGAUCCUUUCCUACGCCGAUCUUAAGAAGUAUCGCUUCACCUACUGGUUCGCCUUUCCUGCGCUGCAUUCCGACCCUCAGUGGAAGAAGUCCGGGCCCGUCGUCCGCCUCACGCCGAAGGAGAGUGCAGUGCUCGUCGAUCGAGUGGGCACAUGGACGUCGCAACGAACAAACAGUCGCCAGAACGGCUUCUUCCUUGCCAAGAAGGUCAGGAAUGUCGAUCUCAGCAACUUCAGCGAGGAUGGGAAUUCGGAGCUGCACGACUUGAAUAAUGAAAAGGGCUACCUUUGGGAGAUCGGCAAGCUGUCGGAUUUCGAGACGGGCUUCUUCAACGAUAUUCCGCCCGAGGACUGCUACGUCUCCUUUGUCGACUCUUCCACCUACGCGGAGAACCCCUCCUGGCCGCUGCGGAAUCUGCUCUGGCUCAUUCGGCAACGCUUCCGGCUCUCCAAAGUCAACAUCCUUUGCUACCGCGAACUGAGGAGCAACAGGUAUGCUGCUAGGAGCAUCAUCAUUCCGCUCGAGACGGAAGCCACCGAGCCACUCGAUGUCAGCAAAGUCCCCAAAGUUACGGGCUGGGAACGGGACAGCGAGGCCAAGUUGCGCGCGCGCGUGGCCAACCUCGCCGACUACAUGGACCCCGCGCGGUUGGCGGACCAGUCGGUGGAUCUCAACCUCAAGCUUAUGAAGUGGCGCAUCUCACCCAAUCUGGACCUGGAUGCCGUCAGCAGGACGAAAUGCCUGCUUCUCGGCGCCGGCACCUUGGGUAGCUACGUGUCGAGGAACCUCCUCGGUUGGGGUGUGCGAAAGAUUACCUUUGUGGACUACGGCCGUGUGUCCUUCUCCAACCCAGUCCGCCAGCCGCUGUUUGAGUUUGAUGACUGCCUCGGCGGUGGCAAGGCCAAGGCGCCACAAGCUGCUGAGGCGCUCAAGAGGAUCUAUCCUGGGGUCGAAAGCGAAGGCCACACGCUUUCGGUCCCGAUGCUCGGCCAUCCCUUCACGGACGAGGCAAAGGUCAAGGCAGACUUUGACAAGCUCCAGCAGCUCAUCGACGACCACGACGCUAUAUUCCUAUUGAUGGACAGCCGAGAGUCCCGAUGGCUUCCCAGCGUCAUGGGUAAGGCCGCAGGCAAGAUUGUCAUGAAUGCAGCACUGGGAUUCGACAGUUUCGUCGUUAUGCGGCAUGGCGCAGAGCCCAAGGACGUGGAUACCAGCGACAAGGAGCGAAAGACUCUGGGUUGCUAUUUCUGCAAUGAUGUUGUAGCUCCUGUUGAUUCGCAGAAGAACCUGACCCUCGACCAGCAGUGCACGGUUACACGACCGGGCGUGGCCGCCAUCGCGUCGGCUCAGCUCGUGGAGCUCCUAGCGAGUCUGUUACAGCAUCCUCUGAAGCACCAUGCCGCAGCUCCUCAGAUCUCGGCUGGCGCUCACACCCCGCGCGACCCUCCAGACCACGCCCUCGGUCUUGUGCCGCACCAGAUCCGGGGCUUCGUUAGUACAUUCGAGAACCUCGUCAUCCAAGGCGAGUCGUAUCCAUGUUGCAGUGCCUGUGGCCCACCAGUGCUCGACGCGUUCCGGGCUGAUGGGUGGGAGUUUGUGAAGCGUGCGUUGCUGGAGAAGGACUACGUUGCCGAGCUGUCAGGCCUGGCCGAGGUCCAGAGGCAGGCAGAGUUGUUGUCCGCUGAGGUGGAGUGGGAGGAGGAAGAAUCCCUGGAGGAAGGGGAUGGCGAACUUAUUUGA